GGCAUCUGCUGCGUGUCCCGCCCCGGGCUCAGUGUCCCCACAGCUGCCGGCGCUGCCUCAAUGUUUCAGUUACCCAUCUUGAAUUUCAGCCCCCAGCAAGUGGCCGGGGUAUGUGAGACGCUGGAGGAGAGCGGCGAUGUGGAGCGCUUGGGUCGCUUCCUGUGGUCGCUGCCCGUGGCCCCUGCGGCCUGUGAAGCCCUCAACAAGAAUGAGUCGGUGCUGCGCGCGAGGGCCAUCGUGGCCUUUCACGGUGGCAACUACCGCGAGCUUUACCACAUUCUGGAAAACCACAAGUUCACCAAGGAUUCGCACGCCAAACUUCAGGCACUAUGGCUUGAAGCUCACUACCAAGAGGCCGAGAAGCUACGUGGACGGCCGCUGGGGCCAGUGGACAAGUACCGCGUAAGGAAGAAGUUCCCGCUGCCGCGUACCAUUUGGGAUGGUGAACAGAAGACACACUGCUUCAAGGAGCGCACGCGACACCUGCUCCGAGAGUGGUACCUGCAGGACCCAUAUCCCAACCCCAGCAAAAAGCGCGAGCUCGCCCAGGCAACCGGACUGACCCCCACGCAAGUGGGCAACUGGUUCAAAAACCGCCGACAAAGGGACCGGGCGGCUGCAGCCAAGAACAGACUACAGCAGCAGGUCCUGUCGCAAGGCUCCGGGCGGGCUCUACGGGCCGAGGGCGAGAGCACUCCGGAGGUGUUGGGCGUCUCCACCAGUCCGGCCGCCAGUCUAUCCAGCAAGGCGGCCACUUCGGCCAUCUCCAUCACAUCCAGCGACAGUGAAUGCGACAUCUGA